AUGUCACCCGCGGCCACAUUAUCGGUUAUCAGAACGAACCCAAGAGGACGCAAGUCUUCGAGAAGACCAUUCGUUCAGAGAAUGCUCCAUAGUGAAGGGACGUCUGGCAGCCCCGAAUCGAUGAACCGACCCAGCUAUAGCACGGUCGAAGACGAGCGGGAUCACUUAUCAGACACCGAAACCGAUAAUUCGUCUGACAGCGAUGAGUCAGGUUAUAACAAUGUCCCGGACAACGCCGAAGAAUUAGAUGGGAGCCAGGGCUUAGAUAAAGACGAGGGCGUACUUCACAGUGAGCACUCGCAGGCCCUGGAUGAGGGAGCGAGUGUAGAGAUGUCGCUCCUACCUAUCGUAACGGAGCUUUGA